GCCCCGACAGACCAAAAAACCCUCCACUGCUCCUUCACUCGUCUGUCACCAUCUCUCUACCGAACACCUCCACCAUGAAAGCCUGGCUGGUGCUGCUGCUGCUGCUGCCUCUCUGUGCAGGCUAUCACAUUGAGUGCUAUGGAGAAGACUUCCUGGUGGUCAGAAACCAGCUGCUCCAGUGCAACAGUGAAGUCCCCCAAGCCUGCUACACAAAAGCCUCUGGGGAGAAGGGCUGCACCACUCUGGAGUUCUGUCAGAGGCCCAGCUGGAAGUGCUGCCGCAAGAACCGCUGCAAUGUCUAAUCCAGGGCCCAGGGGC